AUCUGCUAUUGUCCCUUUCCUUUGAAUUCGCUCGUCAUUACUAACACCUGGCUCAGCAGAUAUUCAACACAUCACCUAAUGCUGUCUUCUCCGUGCUCGUGGGAGAAAGAGAAUGUACGCUUUGGGUUACGACCCACGUAUCAUUGUAGACACAAUGAUAGCAGGGCAAUACUCAUCAGCAAAGAAUUAGUUGCAUUGCUACUCUUCCUGUGACUGCUUAUGUAGGGUUUUGAGGAAGCACUUGAGCUUGAGGACGCUCUAUGAAUAGAAACAACUGUGUUACUCUCUACGUGAGGAUCCAUUGCGUCAGUCUUGCAUCAUAUUCGGGCUUCCACAUCCAAUCUCAAUUGAACGAAUAGGAUAUAUAAAUCCCAAUCCGUUUAAUGAGCCACAAAAGUUGAGGAGAAAAGGUAUGAGGCGGUGUAGGCUGCACAGUCACAUGAUUAUACUGGGAUGUACAUCACACGCGUACAGAUCAGCGUUCCACGCUAACCACCAUCGGACUAAUCGGCUUUCGCUAUCUCGCGUGGCAGAUCAUCGCUCAGAGAUCCCUCAAUCAAGAACAACAAGCAUUCCUCAACUAUGACUUGACAACUCACUACGCCUAGACAAGGCAGAGUUGUUUGGGGCAUGUAUCUUACACAUACGGUCAAAGCGCACAGCCACCAGCCAAUAUGGGUGACCCCGAGCGACCUCGCCAGCGCAAAUUUGCCCCACGCUCCAGACAAGGCUGUCUGACAUGCCGCGCGAGGAGGAAAAGAUGCGAUGGGAAGCGACCAAUCUGCCAGAGCUGCACAAGACUCAACAUGUCAUGCGAGUGGGAAGCCCAGCGCAAGAUUGUAUCAACGUCCACAACAGUAACCGCAACUGAACCCGAACCCGAGACUGAGAUUGAGGUUGAAGACAAGCAAGCCAUCACGUUACCUACACUGCAAGAAUUAACCGUCUCAUCUCCAGUACCGUCAUUGGAUCCCUGGGAUUCACUUCCAGUCAAUGAAGUUGCAGAAAAGAAACAUCUUCUCCGGUACUAUGUCGAAGCCUUCAUACCAAGUGUUUCCGUGGCGGACACCCCGCAUAGUUUCUAUACCGGCUUGUACAUUCCAUGGGCUUUCGAAUGUGAUGGAGUGCUCAAUGCUAUCAUUGCUCUUUCUUCGGCGCAACUGGCAAGACGAACAGCUUUUGAGGAUAGAGCGGAACACCUAAGAGCUGUUUCGAGCAAGUAUCAACGGAGGUGCUAUGCGUUUCUUGCGGACCGUGUACCGCAAAGCAGUGGCCCUCCCCGGGAUGCUUUUCAGGUGAUUGGCAUAGUGCUUCUCCUCGUUGGACUUGAAGCUCUCAAUGGAGAAAAAAGCACCAGGUGGCUGUCACAGAUGAAAUGUGUGCGCGACAUUCUGAAUAUGCUGUCUGCUCAAAGCAACGGUUAUGAAUCCUGGGAGAUUGGCUCACUCCGCCGGCAUUUCACAUAUCAUAACGCCAUGGCUUCGUUAAUGGCGCGUGUUUCGAACAGACGAUCGGAAGUUUUCGUGGUGAACAGCAUCAUGGACGAGGCCGUGAACGCCGAGACCCUCACAGUCGAUCCACUAAUGGGAAUUGCAUAUUAUAUCUGUCGACUCAUAACACGUAUUCAGUUUGUUACAUCGACAAAUCCAGCAUUUCCUCAUAUUACAGAGGCCGCUUUCGCAAUUCUCGAGCAGGAAAUUCUACAAUGGACGUAUGGAAGCCCUAUGGACAUUCCUGGGCUGGAUUUACCCGUCGCCCUUGACCUCAUUGCACUCGCGGAAACCUAUCGAAAUGCUGCGCUUAUUCAGUUGUAUCGCACUUCCACGGCGCACAAGCAUCUUAUACCAGCCUGCGCUUCUCGUGCUAUGCAGUUCGUCUCACGUAUUCCAUCGGGUAGUGCAGCAGAGUCUAGUAUGCUGUAUCCCAUAUUCAUGGCUGGAGCAGAAUUGAGCAAUGAACCAGAGAUUUCGCAGUGUUUCAAGCGACUGAAGGAGAUACAGGCUAGAAAUCGUUACGAGAAUGUUGGAAUGGUGCAAAAGGUACUUGAAGAAGUGUGGCGGCCUGCUUUGAAUGGGCAGGACAAACGAGAUUGGGAAGAAGUGCUUAAGGAAUGGGGUUGGUCUUUCACUUUGGGAUGA